GCGGCGGAUCCACAUCCGAGUUUUGCCUCUCACCUUUCCCCGGCUCUCCAAACGCCUCUCGGUGCUCCACACAGAAUCACUCGCAGCCAGUGCGCACAAUUGGUCUGUCAUUGUCGCGGGGAGCUCAGCAGCCUCCUGGAGCCCGGACAAGUUCAGAUUCCCCCUCUCUCUCUCCCUCCGGCGGAGCUUUUUCCUCACAAGAUCUCCUCUAUUCCUUCUUUUUUGAUUUUUUUCGUGCAAUUCCUCUGGAUACUCUUUUUUUCUUUCUUUUUCCUUUAAUUUUUUUUGUGGGUGAUAUCGAAGGCUGCCGGCACUUCGCCCUUCCGAGCUGCAUGGGACGUGAUGUAGCCCCAGCGCAGGAGGACGGACGCCUGGUGCCAUAACAGGGAUGUAGCGGCGCGGAUACAACACGAGGGAACCUGCCGUUUCUCCUGCAUACGCAGCGACGCGACUCGGAUUGUGUGGACGCACGGCACAUGUGUUGUUGUUUGGAGGAUAUCGGGGAGAAAAAGCAGCAGGCGGAAGGAGGAGGACAACAGUUUUGUCCCCAUCGCGCACACACGCACACGCACCCACACCGUGCGUCAAAGGACGGUUCCCCUGAAAAGACAGUUCACACUUUGAAUGGAAGGACGCGACAUUUACCCUCCUCUACGGUGAUUUGCCUGGAACCCAGUGGGGACAGACCAUGGUUUUAUUAUCUGGCAUGUGACGCGCCGGAAUCUGUGAGGAGAACACUCGAGGAUCGCUCUCUCUCUCUACCCUCCCCACCCCUCCUUUCACACCCAGAGAUCUUAGGAAAGCAUCUGGCGCCCGUGCAACAGGACUCGCGGGAAGAGUGGCGCAGUGGAGGGAGCCGCGCCGUGAGGAAAAAAACAGAGAGGCUCCCGAUUCGGGGCUCCUGCCACGAAAGAAAAAAAAGACUGAGCACUGAACUCAAGUGGGAACCUCGGCAGGGGGCGGUAAGAGGAGGAGGAGGCCAUGUGGACCGCACGCCUGCUCGUUCUCGCCAGCCUCUUUGCACCAGCCGCUCUGGCCUUUAGUCGAGCGCCCAUCCCCAUGGCCGUGGUGAGGAGGGAGCUGUCGUGCGAGAGCUACCCCAUCGAGCUGCGCUGCCCGGGCACCGACGUCAUCAUGAUCGAGAGCGCCAACUACGGCCGCACCGACGAUAAGAUCUGCGACGCCGACCCGGCGCAGAUGGAGAACACGAGGUGUUACCUGCCUGACGCCUACAAGAUCAUGUCCCAAAGAUGCAAUAACCGGACCCAGUGUGCUGUCGUGGCCGGACCGGACGUAUUCCCCGACCCUUGUCCCGGGACCUACAAGUACCUGGAGGUCCAGUACGAAUGCGUCCCUUACAAAGUGGAACAAAAAGUAUUCCUGUGCCCAGGGCUUCUACGCAGGGUGUACCAGAGCGAGCACCUCUUCGAGUCGGACCACCAGUCCGGCGCCUGGUGCAAGGACCCUCUCCAAGCCUCUGAUAAGAUCUACUACAUGCCCUGGACGCCCUAUCGCACCGACACAUUGACUGAGUAUUCGUCCAAAGAGGACUUUAUCGCGGGAAGGCCCACGACAACCUACAAGCUCCCACAUCGCGUGGACGGUACCGGCUUCGUGGUGUACGACGGGGCGCUCUUUUUCAACAAGGAGCGCACGCGCAAUAUUGUCAAGUUUGACCUGCGGACUCGUAUCAAGAGCGGCGAGGCCAUUAUCGCCAACGCCAACUACCAUGACACGUCUCCGUACCGCUGGGGAGGGAAGUCCGACAUCGACUUGGCCGUUGAUGAGAACGGCCUUUGGGUGAUCUAUGCCACCGAGCAGAACAAUGGGCGGAUCGUCAUCAGCCAGCUCAACCCGUACACGCUGCGCGUCGAGGGGACCUGGGACACGGCGUACGACAAGCGCUCGGCGUCCAACGCCUUCAUGAUUUGUGGGAUCCUGUACGUGGUGAAGACGGUGUACGAGGACGACGACAACGAGGCGACGGGAAACAAGAUCGACUACAUCUACAACACAGAACUGAGCAAAGAUGGGUUCCUGGACAUCCCUUUCCCCAACUCCUACCAGUACAUCGCCGCGGUGGAUUAUAAUCCCAGAGACAACCUGCUGUAUGUUUGGAACAACUACCACGUGGUGAAGUACUCUCUGGACUUUGGAGCGUUGGACAACCGACUCGAAACCUCCUCCUCUGUGAUGGUCUUCAUGGACACGACGACCACGACGGCGAGGACCACCACUCGACCCACCACGGUGACCCUGACGUCCACGGUGGCCAGGACGACGACCACCAAGAUGCCCGCCACGACGGCCGCCGGUGCCCCGUGGCCACGGACGACGGCGAAGGUGGUGGCCCCGCCGCGGACGCCGCCGGAGGGUUUGUCCCCCGAGGACGAGGACAGAGCGCCGCCGCCCUCCUCCAAGCUGCCCAACAUCCGGGUGGAGUACUGCAACCCGCUGGUGAUGAUGGACAUCUCCUGGCCCAGGACCAAGCAGGGGGUGGUGGCCAAGAUGCUCUGUCCACCUGGAACCAUAGGCGUGGCCUCGUACAUGUGCGUGGGUCCGGAGGGAUACUGGGACCCCCAGGGACCCGACUUCAGCAACUGCACCUCCCCGUGGGUCAACCUCAUCAGCCAGAAGCUAAAAGCCGGCGAGACGGCUGCGGUCAUCGCCAGGGAGUUGGCGGAGCAGACCAAGAGUAACCUCCAGGCGGGGGACAUCACCUUCACGGUGAAGGCCAUGGUCCAGCUGGUGGAUCUCCUGGACGUGCAGCUGAGGAACCUCACGCCCGGCGGCAAAGACAGCGCCGCCCGGAGCCUCAACAAGCUGCAGAAGAGAGAGCGCUCUUGCCGGUUUUACGUUCAGGCCAUGGUGGAGACGGUCAACAACCUGCUGCAGCCACAGGCCCAGGCGGCGUGGAGGGAGCUGAGCACGGGCGAGCAGCUGAGGGCCGCCACCACGCUGCUGGACACGGUGGAGCAGGGCGCCUUCGUCCUCGCCGACAACCUGCUGAAGACGGACAUCGUGCAGGAGAACACCGAGAACAUCCAGCUGGAGGUUGCCCGGAUGAGCACCGAAGGAAAUUUACCCGAUCUGAAGUUCCCACAAACCGGAGGACAAGGCAACUCCAUCCACCUUUCGGCGAACACGCUGAAGCAGCACGGGCGAAACGGUGAGAUCCGGAUUGCCUUUGUUCUGUACAAGCACAUCGGCAUCUACCUGUCCACGGAGAACGCCAGCAUGAAGUUGGGCAGCGAGGCCCUGGCGACCAACUACUCUGUCAUCGUCAACUCGCCGGUCAUCACGGCGGCCAUCAACAAGGACUCCAACAAGGUCUACCUCUCGGACCCGGUCAUUUUCACCAUCAGGCACCUCCAGCAAUCCAAGGAGAACUUCAACCCCAACUGUUCCUUCUGGAGCUACUCCAAGAGAACCAUGACCGGCAUCUGGUCCACGCAGGACUGCCGCUUGCUGGGCACCAACCGGACCCACACCACCUGCUCCUGCACCCAUCUGACCAACUUCGCCGUCCUCAUGGCCCACGUGGACGUCAAGCAUGCGGACCCCGUUCACGACAUGCUCCUGGACGUCAUCACGUGGGUGGGGAUCCUCCUGUCCCUGGUCUGCCUGCUCGUCAGCCUCUUCACCUUCUGCUUCUUCCGGGGCCUCCAGAGCGACCGCAACACCAUCCACAAGAACCUGUGCAUCAGCCUGUUUGUCGCCGAGUCCCUGUUCCUGGUGGGCAUCAACCGGGGCGACCAGCCGAUUGCCUGUGCCGUCUUCGCCGCCCUGCUCCACUUCUUCUUCCUGGCGGCGUUCACGUGGAUGUUCCUGGAGGGCGUGCAGCUCUACAUCAUGCUGGUGGAGGUGUUCGAGAGCGAGCACUCGCGCCGCCGCUACUUCUACCUGGUGGGCUACGGAGUUCCGGCGCUGAUCGUGGCGGUGUCAGCGGCGGUGGACUACCGGAGCUACGGCACGGACCGGAUUUGCUGGCUUCGCCUGGACACCUACUUCAUUUGGAGUUUCAUAGGACCGGCAACCUUGAUAAUUAUGCUCAACGUUAUCUUCCUGGGCAUCGCUCUCUACAAGAUGUUCCACCACACGGCCAUCUUGAAACCAGACUCCGGUUGCCUGGACAACAUCAAAUCGUGGGUGAUCGGGGCCAUCGCCUUGCUGUGCCUGCUGGGCCUGACCUGGGCCUUCGGGCUGAUGUACGUCAACGAGAGCACGGUGGUCAUGGCCUACCUGUUCACCAUCUUCAACUCGCUGCAAGGAAUGUUCAUCUUCAUCUUCCACUGUGUCCUGCAGAAAAAGGUGCGUAAGGAGUACGGUAAAUGCCUGCGUACUCACUGCUGCAGUGCGAAAAGCGUGGACAGCUCCAUCGGCUCGGGGAAAGGCACGGCCUCUCGAGCUCCGGGACGCUACUCCACCGGGUCACAGAGCCGAAUCCGCCGGAUGUGGAACGACACGGUCAGAAAACAGUCCGAGUCCUCUUUCAUGACCGGAGACAUCAACAGCUCUGCGUCCCUUAACAGAGAGGGAAUCCUGAACAAUGCCCGGGAUACAAGUGUCAUGGAUACUCUACCACUGAAUGGUAACCACGGCAACAGCUACAGCAUCGCCAGCGCCGAGUACAUGAGCGACUGCGUCCAGAUCAUCGACCGGGGCUACAACCACAAGGAGACCACCCUGGAGAAGAAGAUCCUGAAAGAGCUCACCUCCAAUUAUAUCCCCUCCUACCUCAACAAUUCCCACGAGCGCGCCACCGAGCAGAACCGGAACCUCAUGAACAAGCUGGUCAACAAUGUCAGCAACGGCGGCAAGGACAGCGGCUACGGGAUGGGCCUGGGAGUGGGCAUGGGCAUGAGUGUGGCGCUGAGCCUGGACGACCACUCGACGUUUGGCCCGCACCACGACGAAGGCCUCGGCCUGGAGUUAAUCCGCGAGGAGUCUCACGCCCCGCUGCUGCCCCAAAGACCGCCCCCAUCCCUGCAGGCAGUGGACAACCUUCACAGUCAUCUCCACCCGUCAGCGCCGCCGCCGCCCCUGCCCCACCACCCCUACACGUCCGCCGCCACCUCCUCCUCGUCCCGGAGGAGGAUCCCCCAGGAGAACAGCGAGAGUUUCUUUCCCCUACUCAACAGCGAGCACAACAAGGACGAGGGCUCGUCGCCCACCCACAACCACCAGAGAGACUCCCUGUACACCAGUAUGCCCAUGCUGACCGGCCUGCCCAAUGUGUCCGCGGGGUCCGCCGACAGCUCCAAAGACGGCGGUGAUGCCAAGAGCCCGGAGGCCAGCUCGGACGACGUCUACUACAAGAGCAUGCCCAACUUGGGCUCACGGAACCACCUGCACCAGCUGCACUCCUACUACCAUCUAGGGCGGGGCAGCAGCGACGGCUUCAUCGUGCCGCCAAACAAAGAGGAUCUAUCCCCAGAAGAAGCCCACCAGGAGCCCUCGCACCUGGUCACCAGCCUAUAGGCCCCAAAAAACAACCCACCCAAUAGUGUCCCUCCUAUUACCGUAGUCCUCCUCCUCCGUGUCCUCUUGUUCUAUCAGUCGUUGGCAGUGGUAGCCUUUCUUUUUAUUCAGUGUUCUGAAGACUGAAGCGGAGCGACACACAAACUGUACUCUCGCUGUUGCCGACCACAAGCAGGAGAGGGACUGGGACGUUUGGGGGCGAGUACUUGACUAUGUUUGGUUAGAAAGAGCGGGAACCUGUUGAUGUUGUGUUCCCCCCCCCACCCCCCCACCCCACCCCCCUCAGACGCUGUGUGGCGUUUGGCGUUUUUUUGUCUCGGUGUGAAAAGAGGCAAUCGCUCGAGCGGGAUUUUUAGGUCUCAGAGAUGAAAAGUAUGACAGUCGAAAUGGAACUGCACAGCCCCCCCCACACCACCCCCCACCCCCCAACAACUAUACAAGUCUAGAUUACAGACUUCACCAUAAUAAAUGGGGAAUUUAAAAAAGGAGUAUUUUAUUAUUCUUCUGUAUCUAUAUUGACUUUUUGACAGAUUUUCUUCCUCUUUGGUGAGUUGCAGCACAUUUUGUUUGCUGAAGUGUCCCUUCAAUGAGAAAAAGAAAAAAGAAAAGGAGAAUCAAGAAACACACAAAAAAAAACCUUUGGACAAUUACCAUGAAGGAAUUAUUGAUCGUAUGCUUUCAAGCAUAGCUGUUCUUUUUUUUUUGGUUUUGUUUUUUCAUUUUACUGUAAUAACAGUUGUUAAAAGAGGGAGAAAAAAAACUAAUACAAGAAUUAAGAGAUAUUUCUAUGUAAUUGUACAGAUAACUAGCAUUGCACAUAAUAGUAUGCUUUUUUUUUUUGUUUUGGUUUCUGUUCCGAGCAAAACCCUUUUGUCUGUAAAUGUAGUGGUUACGAGAAAUUUUGUUCUGUUGUGCUGGCCUUUCUGGGUUUCUGGUAACAGUCUGUUUCUUUUUCAUUUUAUUUGAUUUCUCCUCUUUUAUCACUUUCCACGCAUAAUCAUCGUAAUAGAAGCAAAAGUAACACAAACCGGUAUCCCUCAGAAAGGCUCAUUGUGCAUUCUGCUUCUCUAUUGGCAUUCAGCAAACGCUUGUGCUUCCCGAAAAAAAGAAACAAAUUGAGCAUUGACGAGCACUCAGCACUUGUACAAAAAAAGAAGAAGAAGAAAGUUGGCUGUUUUACUUAUUGAAGAAAGAGCUUUUGGAGUGAGGAAAUACUGUUUUUUUCUGUUUCCUCCUCCAGGAGAAGACAUAUUUAUUUAUUUGUUCAAAUGAAACCGUAAUAAAUGGGCGAGCGGAGGUGACUUUAGCGGCACAAAUACCUUUUUUUAUUUUUAUUCUUUAUUAUGGCUUCUUAUUUAUUCCUUUUUGUAUUGGUUUCCAAGCUGAAUGGCAUAGCUAAUAUUUGUUGUAACCGUGAAACUUGUUUACCAACAAAUAAAUCCCUGAUUAAGGUUCAUAACUUAGCUGUGGGGGGGAAGUUUUGUCUGGGCCUUGGAAUCACUUUUGUAUGGAUACCAGUCAAAGGACCUCGACACACGAUGGAUCAGUUCUUUUCUUUUCUUUUUUUUCAAUCAUCAGUUAAUCUCCCUCAUUAGCCCUCUGUCUAUUUCAGUGCCAAAUACACUUGGCCCAGCAGCAGUGGAUGUGCUCUGUAUGCUCUGGUCUGCUUUACGAUAGAAGCAGUUGAUUUCAUAAGCUGUAAUAAAUAUUUCAAUAUCA